AUGAAUCAAAAUAAAAAUAAUAAUAAUAAAAAUCCAAAAAUUAAUUUAUUAAUUAUUGGAUGUGGUUGUAUUGGUUUAUCAACAGGUAUUAUUGCAUUAAAGAGUGGUAAUUAUAAGAGUGUAUCAAUUUGGGCCAAAGAUUUACCACCAAAUACAACCUCAAAUAAAGCAGCAGCAUUAUGGUAUCCAUUUUUAUGUAAUCCACUAGAUUUAGUUGGUAAAUGGUCAGCAGAAACCAUGCAAUAUUAUAAAGAUCAUAUUAUUAAUGACCCAAAAUCAGGUACAAUCACAAAGAAAGUAAAUGAAAUUUUCAGACGUCCACAUCCAGAAGAUCCAGAAUGGAAACCAUACAUUAAAUCAUUUAGAAGAGCUAGAAAAGAUGAACUACCAGAUGGAUAUGUAGAUGGUUAUGCAAUUGAUGACGGUUUCGUUAUGGACACUGAUAUGUAUAUGGAUUAUUUAGUCGACCAAUUCAAAAGUUUAGGUGGAAUCAUUGAACAAAGACACCUCGUUGAUAUUCGUGAAGCUUUUGUUGACCAUGAUGUAGUUGUAAAUUGCACCGGUUUAGGAUCACGUGAAUUAUUCAAUGAUCGUACAAUUUAUCCAGGUCGUGGUCAAAUUAUCGUUAUUAAAAACUCAACCGAUCGUUCAAUCAUGGAUGAAGAAGAUCAUAUCGCAUAUGUAAUUCCACGUUUAACAAAUACAGUUUUAGGUGGUACAAAUCAAGAACACGAUUACAAUACAAAUCCAACUAAAAAAGAUACUGAAGAAAUCUUAAAACGUGUAGCCAUGAUUUCACCACGUUUUGCUAAAAAUAGAAUUGAAAUUCAAGGUGUUAAAGUUGGUCUACGUCCUGCUAGACAUGAAAUUCGUUUAGAAAAUGAAUUCUUUGAAGGUGGUUCAAAAUUAGUAGUUCAUAACUAUGGUCAUGGUGGUAGUGGUUUCACUGUAAGUUGGGGUUGUGCUAUUGAAGCAAUUAAAUUAGUUGAUCAAGGUUUACCAAAAUUAUUACAUUUUAAUAAAUUAAUAAGUAAAUUAUAA